UCCUGAAUACGAUGGCCCUGAUGUUUCUAAAUGUGAUGGUUCUGAUAUUUCUGAAUGCAAUGGUUCUAAUAGUCUUGAACAAGAUGGUCCCAAAUGUGUUAGUUCUGGAUGUAGUGGUUCUGAAUAUGAUUGUCUUGAAUAUGAUGAGAAGUUUAUUUUUGAUGAAUCUUUUAAAGGUGACCAAAAUGGAGCAAAGACUAAAGACCAAGAUGAUACUAGUAAAUUUGUUCAUUUUCUUGAAACCUUCUUGUAA